AUGGUGGUGAAGGAACCUCCUCAUGUGGGGACCGAGGAGAAUGGGACAACAAGUCAACCUCCAGUGUGGUCAGAAAUGUCAGUGGCUUUGUCUACAGGAUCGAAUCCAGCAGAUGGAAGAGACCCACUAUUCACAAAUGAGGAACUCCAGGCCACGCUGCAGGAACUUGAUGAUCUUCGGGAACAGUUGUCAGAAUGUCAGAUUGAGGUGCAGCAGUUGCAAGAGGAGAAGCAGGUAAUACUGGAGUCCUUGACACAGCAAACAGAGAAGUUGAAUGAAUCUCGCAGUCAUAAUGACACCUUAAAGCAGAUGCUGAUCCACACUCUGAAAACAGUCCAAGACUUAUCACAGUGUGAGAAGACACAGAGACUGAUGGAGCUUCUGAAGAGUGCUCAAGAGGACAGAGAGCUACUGCAGAUAAAGCAGGAGGAACUAGAACAGCAGAUUACUACCACCAAGGAGGCUGAAGAACGCUUCCACCAUAAUUCACAACUCAUCAGAGACAGAAUGAAGGUGCUGGAAUCAAUGGUAGAGACAGCCAACAAUGAGAAAAAGGCAAUUGAGACGCAGUUAGCAGAGUCUCAAGAGGCUGUCAAGGCUACUGAAAUGGAGAAUGCCAGACUACAGGCUGCUGUAGAUAGUGCCAAAGAAAAGAUAACAGAACUGGAGGCAGCAGUAAUCUCAGGGGAGAAGAGUGAGUUGGCAGAUCUACUAGAAAGAGUGAGGCAAGAGAAGGACUUGCUGGAGAAGGAGAAUGCAGCUCUCCAGCAAAAGGCGAGUGCCAUGGCUUGUGAGAAUGAGAGACUCAAGGACCAGAUAUCCAGUCUUCAGGAUGAGCUUAUGGUUGCUCGUAACAAUGCACGAACACAACUUGAAGAUGCUGGGUGGCGGAAGGCACAGCUGGAGGAGGAGCGUCAUCACUUGGAGGAAGAGACAGAGGUGCUAAGAGCCACCAUGGAAGACCUCAAGCUGACAUGCCAGCACCAUUUGGAGGAUAAGCGAGACCUCAAAGCCAGCCUUUCAGAAUCACAGAAGAAACUCCAUGAAGCCUUGGAGAAGCUGAAUGAGAAGGAGCGUUGCUUCAGUGAGGAACGAGCACAGUUCAGCAAACAGGUGGAGGAAUGGGAGCAGUUUCAGAGUGAUCUUUUGAUGACAGUGCGAGUUGCUAAUGACUUCAAGACGGAAGCACAGCAUGAUCUGGAACGCCUAACACAAGAAAACACUGUUUUGCGAGACAGGCUCAAGCAACUUGGCCAAGACUUGGAGAAGGCAAAGGCUGUUAAAGUAUGCAGCCCAGUGAGUAGCACAAGCAGCAGCAGUAUGAGCAGCAGCAGCAGCAGCGAGCGCAGAACUAUCCGGAACUUGCCUACGCCCAUGCCUAAUGGAGAACCAUCCAUCCUGGCUGAUCGUCGCAACCCUAGACCUCUGGCACGAGGGGAUUCCCGUGUCAAGUCACUGAUAGAAUCCAUUGAGUGUGCAACUCGACAGACCCGUGCAGGAUCUCGAAGUUCCUCUACAUCUAGUUUGUGCAGCUCAAGUAGUGAAAGCAACAACAAUAAUAACAAUAACAACAAGACUCCAGGACCACUUCUCAAAGAGCUGAUACUGAGGGUGUCAUCCGUGGUAGUUCCACUUCACCACUUAAAGACGCAGGUAACACCCUGGGCACAUCAACAUUAUCAACUCCUGAGAGCCAUUCAACGCAAUUCCUUCACAGAAGGAGUAACCCAGUCACCAUUCUUACAAAGCAACUUCACUAAGCCUUCCACUGGCUCAUCAAAUCUCUCAGACAAUGUUAAAAUGUCACAGCUGACAGACAAAAACAGUGGAAAAAUAUCAUCUAUGAAUCCUGGAGAAAAUGUAGCCAAACCGAUCUCCAUAUUAAGCAACAAGCUUGACCACUCUGUAAGACGUAACAGCUAUGGUCAGAUAAGUGCUGUCGUAGACAAGAAGGAUCCUUUGGCUUCUUUGGCUCAAGGUGGUGGCUCCAAGAGGAAUGCAUUGCUCAAGUGGUGUCAAAACAAGACCAUAGGUUACAGCAAUGUCGACAUCACAAACUUCAGCUCCAGUUGGAAUGAUGGUCUUGCUCUUUGUGCUCUGAUGGACACCUACAUCCCUGACAAAAUUUGCUACAAAAGUCUCUCUCCAUCGAAUAAGAGGCAGAAUUUUGAAGUAGCAAUAUCUGCUGCAGAAAGUGUUGGUGUGCCGAAUACACUCGAUGUGAGUGACAUGAUUACAUCAGAGCGACCCAACUGGCAGACAGUAUAUAAUUAUGUGACAUCUAUAUUCUGUCAUUUUGAAACUUGAGUUUUGAUGUAGGAUGCUGGUUGGUUAAGAAAGAGAAAUAUUUUGAAGGAACAUUCAUUAUGUUUAGAGGCCUUUGCUGAUCAUGACAUUAGUUAAUAUUUUUAUCUGCUGUUGUAAAAUUUUCAUCAUGUACCUCUUUACUAGUGUUUUUCUGUCAAGAAC